AUGGCGGACGAUCUGCUAGCAGACCAGACACCGGGGUUUAAGGUGGGGGAGAAGAAGACUUUGGAAGAAUAUCAGAAACUGGACCAAGCCGACGAUGCGAUGAAUCGAUGGAAGCAAUCGCUCGGCUUAGGCACCGGCACGCCAAUUGGCGACCCAAACGACCCUCGCACAUGCAUCAUCAAAUCUCUUGCUCUCGAAGUCGAAGGCCGGCCAGACAUAACCAUCGAUCUCACGCAACCUGGCUCCCUUGAAACCCUCAACAAACACCCAUUCACCAUCAAAGAAGGAUGCAAGUACUGUAUGAAGGCCGUGUUCACGGUCCAUCACCAGGUUCUCUCUGGCCUCAAGUAUAUCCAAGUUGUCAAGCGUAAAGGUAUUCGCGUGAGUAAGGAUCAGGAAAUGAUUGGCAGCUUUGCGCCCAACACCACCGACAAGCCCACAUAUGAAAAGAGGUUCUCCGAAGAAGAGGCUCCUUCCGGCAUGCUAGCUCGCGGCCAUUACGAGGCAAGUACCAGAUUUGCUGAUGACGACGACCACACACAUCUCGAAUUCCACUGGUCGUUCGAUAUUGCCAAGGACUGGAAGUGA